AUGGUGGUGGUGGUGGUAGUGGUGAUUCGGGAUAUGCAGAAGCGUAUAUCGGAGGUGGAGAUGGUGCAGCGGGAAGGGAGGAACUGGAGGACAGUGGCGACGGAGCAGAGGAUGAGGAGGUUGGUUAGAGGAGCGAGGGCGCCGCCGCUGCGAUUUUCCUUCCUCCAAUGGCGGCGGCAACUCGUCGGAGAAGGGAAAUCGGUCGGGAAAGGGUUUCGGGGAAGAAGGGUUUCGACGGAUGGGGGACUUUUUUCCCAGAUUAAGGAAAUGCCGAAUGCGAGGGGAUAA